AUGGAACAAAAAAUUAAUACCACCUUAUUUUUCAAAAUUUCUGCGUUUAUGAUUUUAAGUUGGAUAUGUCAUUUUUGUUGUGAUACAAGAACUAAUAACAAAUUGUUAAUUGAGAAUUGGGUACCAUGUAAAAGAUUAAAUACAAGAAGUUAUCGUUUACUAGCAAAAUAUAAAAAGAAUAAAGAUUCAAAUAUUCUAGAUCUUAAAGAGGAUAAACCAUUCAAUGGAGAGAUUAACAAAGGAAAAAACAGACAGUCUAAUAGAACUUUAUUAAAUAAGGCGCAGUACUAUACAGAAGUUAUAGAUUAUGAAAAUGGGAUGUUUGAUGGUAAAUACUUCCAUUUUGAAAAAAAAUUAAUUAAUAAAAAUGACUAUGAUGAUUUACUUGAAAAAAAAAGGAGAAUUUGUGAUAUAGAUUUAAAAAAAAUUAAAUUCAGAAAAUACAGAUAUGGAGCUUUUAUAACUUUCAUUUUUUUCUUGUUCGCAUUUGGAUUGCCAAUAUUACAACAUUUUAAGUACUUGAAAACUGCAGGGGAUGAAAUUAAAACUGCAUUAAAUUUGCAAACAGUAUGGUCAGCAGUAGAAGGUAUCUUGAAGGGAGCGAAAGAAUACUUUUUCUUAAUAUCAUUUGGGAUAUUAAUGGUUAUAUUAUCUGUCUCACUUCUAAUAGGGUUAUAUAAGCUCUUAAUAAAUAAUGAAAAAUAUAAUAAAAUUAAGUUAAUGUCUGAAUUAAAUGAAUAA